AUGAAUUCAUCGGGUUCGUUCAGCAUUCUCGAUAUAGAAAAUUUCAAAGAAAUUGAAGACGUGAUCGAUGCCAGAAAACGCUUGGGCCAGUACAACGUAUUAAAUCUUACCAACGCAUUGAGAGGCAUUCAUUCGAAUCAUCAACAAUAUCAAAAUAAACCUGUUAAAUUCGACUUGAGUAAAAACGUUUCAGCCACUAGCGUAAGUGGAAUCGCACGUACAGAUUCCGAAAUAACUAUAUUUGUUCUGAAAGCAAAAUGCACCUCGAAAAGAAAAUCCAAAUGGGGCGGUAUGGACGACAUCGCUAUCCCUGGAGAUGGUACGCAUUUAGGAGACAGUCCUUCUUUGGUAAAUUUGGCCACUCUGGUAACGCAAAAUGCCCAAUGCGAAGGCGAAGACGAAUAUUUGGUACCCCUGUCCUCGUGGGACCCAUACAUCAAAACCGAGGAUAUUUCCAACAAUAUGAAAUUCUUUUCGGAGACUUCGAUCCACGACAAACGGCACCGUACAUUAUUUUACGCCGAUUCGAAUAAUAUUAAUGCGAAUACUGUGAAUAGUAACGAGCAAACUGAAUUCGUCGAUGAUGAAGUGCCUCAAACCACUCGAUCCAGUUGGGCGGGAAGGUUUUCGAAAUUUUGGAGGAAACAGUGGCGCAAACGAAAAACCCUAGUUUUGCCCGACGCGGCCGGUAAUGCAGGAAUCGGCCGAGAACAACAACGAUGA